AUGGACUUCGCUAGCCUGAAGGACCAGGUCAGCAACCUGACCUUGUAUGACCUCAAGGCAGGUGUUCGCAAAGUGCAAAAUGCCGUUAUGAACUAUACCGAAAUAGAAGCCAAGGUCCGGGAAGCCACAAACAAUGAACCUUGGGGUGCUUCAACCACCUUGAUGCAGGAUAUUGCCAAUGCUACAAAUAGCUAUCAGCUGCUCAAUGAAAUUAUGCCCAUGAUCUACAAGCGGUUCACCGACAAAGCCGCGGAGGAGUGGCGACAGAUCUACAAGAGUCUUCAGCUUCUUGAAUUUUUGAUCAAGAAUGGAUCGGAACGGGUGGUCGACGACGCAAGAUCUCACAUGUCGCUUCUGCGGAUGCUCCGGCAAUUCCACUUUAUUGAUCAGAAUGGCAAGGAUCAGGGUAUCAAUGUGCGCAACCGAUCUUCCGAACUGGUCAAGUUGCUAGGUGACGUGGAUCAGAUUCGCACCGAGCGCAAAAAGGCCCGGGCCAACCGCAACAAGUUCAGUGGUUUCGAAGGUGGUAUGAACGUCGGUGGAAUGUCUUCUGGCAGCUCUAGCCGCUACGGUGGCUUUGGAAGCGAGACCAUGGGAUACGGCGGAUACAGCGGAGGUGUAUACGGGGACGGUGGCGGAUUUGGCGGCGCUACAAGUGAAUUCCAGGACUCUGGACGCAGGAGCGGCAACAAAUUCGACGAAUACGACGAGUACGAUGAGGGAGACGCUAGCCCCCAGCGACGUGAAUCGGCUGCUGCUACGAGCACCAAGCGGGAACCCAAGAAGCCAGAGCCAGCCCCCGCACCUGUGGUUGACCUCUUCGAUUUCGGUGACGAUGAACCCGUGACAACCACUUCCUCGACUGCUGCUGGUAAGCAGCCCGCUGGAAGUGCUUUGAACAUGCUGGAUAACAACGAUGAUGAUGAGUUCGACGAUUUCCAGUCUGCAACCCCGGCCCCAGCACCGACUGCUUCGCACUUCUCCAUCCCCGCUCCUGUCUCGACCGGGAGCACAACCUCCAACACCCAAUUUGUGGCGCCUCAACCAGUGUCAGCGUCUCAAGGUGCCAAUAUCAACGGCAUUGUAGGCUUCACCUCGGCGACCCCCACUCCGACUCACAGCACGCUCACCUCUCCUGUCUCGCAGUCUGCCUCCAUCCAGCAGCAACAGCUCCCGAAACCUACAGGAUUCCAAGCUGCAACCCCCAACUACUUCACCUCUGUCAAUCAAUCCCCGCAACCCUUCUCCCACACUGCCAACUCUUCCAUCUCUUCUUUCAAGGCCCCCUCUACCGCAAGCAAGCCCGCCGCCAAGUCCUCCGGAGACGCCUUCGGCUCGCUCUGGUCCACUGCCAGCGCCAGCGCCGGUAUUAGCAAGUCCAACGCUAACGCAAACAAGGGACCCAAUCUCGCCAGCAUGGCCAAAGAGAAGGCCAGCGCCGGUAUCUGGGGAGCACCCGCUGCAUCAUCAUCCCCGGCCCCAUCCCAGCCUAAGCAGGGUGGUUCGGCCUUCGACGACCUGCUCGGUUGA